CAGAGUUGACAGCAGUGUCGGCUGUGGAGGGAGUACGGUUAGCCCGCCUGCUAGCAACAUACAUGUGGAGGGUACCUCUGGAGGCAAUCAUUAUUCGAACUCAACCUAAAUCACCCUUUCUUACCAUAAAAUACACUCAACGCAUAUCGCAUAUUGAACAAGGACUAAUUUCUUUUCGCUAUGAAAGGUAGCCGGAUCGAGCUGGGGGAUGUUACACCCCACAAUAUUAAACAAUUGAAGCGACUGAACCAAGUCAUCUUCCCCGUCAGCUACAAUGACAAGUUCUACAAGGAUGUGCUGGAAGUGGGAGAGCUCGCUAAGCUAGCUUACUUCAAUGAUAUUGCAGUAGGUGCGGUAUGCUGCAGAGUAGACCACUCUCAGAAUCAGAAGAGAUUGUACAUCAUGACAUUGGGCUGCCUAGCGCCCUACCGAAGACUUGGAAUAGGUACAAAGAUGCUGAACCAUGUGUUGAAUAUCUGCGAGAAGGAUGGCACUUUUGAUAAUAUCUACCUUCAUGUGCAGAUUAGCAACGAGUCAGCUAUCGACUUCUACCAGAAGUUUGGCUUUGAGAUCAUUGAGACAAAAAAGAACUACUACAAGAGGAUAGAGCCUGCAGAUGCCCAUGUGCUUCAAAAGAGCCUGCGCAGCCCGUGUGCGCCCCCUGCUGGAGAGCUGCAGAAGGCAGACUAGAGGCUGAGCCAUCUGAGAAACAUGGUCUUGCCCCAACUCCCCCAAAAGGAACUGUGACAAAAGCCCCAGGGUUGACACAUUCACCACUUUCUUCAAAGGACAUUUAAAAAAUAUUAAUUGGAACACAAAAGUUGUUUUAAUUUUUCAUGAAACAAAAUUAAGCCCCUGUAUUUUGCAUUUUCUGUUCUUUUUUUUUCUCUCCUCCUUUUCUUCAGUUAGAUAUUUGAAAACAAAACGGAAUUGUUUAAGAGUUCAACAAUUGCUCGAUUGCUCCGGAAGGCUGCUGAUUUUUCUGACCGUUAAGACAUGGUGAAGGUUUCUGUGUUCUGCAAAGCGUGCUGUCUGUGUGUUCUUUUAAAAACGUUGACUGAGGUCAGGGGGCGAUUUUGUUUUGCUGUUGUGGACAUAAACAGUUGAACUAAAGAGGAAACAUCUUUAGAGGGUAGGAUUGCUGUCUGAGAAGGAUGUCCCCCCCCCUCCCCCUCAGAUGGUAACCUUGGAGUGAUGCUUUUGAGUCGUCAUGGUGAUGCGCAGAAUUCUCAGAACUCCAUCCCCUCGCCACCUGAGCCCACGGACAAUUGGGAAGGGAAUCCUGCAUGGUGGUUGAGGCGUCUUGCUUCUUUUUUCCCUGGCAGCAUGCAAUGCGAGAGCGUUGCACAAGAUGCAGUGUCUCCUUUGUGACAUGAACCUCUCUUGCGCUGUGAGAUCGGUGCAGGAGAGUGGGGAGAGGGGUGCAGGGGCCCCGCUCAAAAACAAAAAAGCGGGAGAUUGGUUGGAACAAUUUCAUGGUGGGGGAGACUGGAGGAGGAGACUCCACUCUCUUUCUGAAUGUUUUGGUUUCUCUACCCAUUAUUUAAUUUCCCUUGGAGUUUUUUUGUUUUUUUUGUUACAUUGAUGCUGAAUGGCUCAAGGCUUCUCUGGAGGUUUGGUUGGAAACCGAUGCUGCAGGUGAGAUGCAAAUAGGUAAAAAGUAUGCAGUGUGCAGUUGGAGGGGCAACACAGUGUUGAUGAAAGAACAAAACUCCCCUCUCCCUGUCCCCAAGAUACAAACAUCUUGAAUUUCCAAUGGAAAAUAUGUUAGCCUGGGUUAUUUUGUAAGCCUAGUACAAGUUGGCAAGAGUACCAGUGUUUUUUUUUUUCCUUUCUUUUUUUUUGUGUGCGUGUGUGUAGGACUUGCUGUAGGACAACUGCCCUUAAACAGGAGCAGUGAGAGUGAGUCGCGUAUUGUGACCAAUUGUGUGCUCUCUCACAAGCUCUGCGUGCGUGCGUGCGUGCGUGCGUGCGUGCGUGUGUGUGUGUGUGUGUGUGUGUUUAGUGUAAAUUUGAAUCUUUGAAGAUUUUUUUUUUCUCGGCACACUGGCAGCUAAAAUAUCUCCCACAGUGUACCUGUACUAUUUCAGUGAUGUUCACUGAUUACCAUGUCCACCUUAUAUACAUUGUGGGACUGUUGCAGGUCAAGCCAGCAGGUUUCUUGUGAAGGACCUGGGACAGACCCUCAAACCCUUGGAGAAGCCUUGACCCUAUGCAUGCAAGGAGAGGCGUGUCCUUUCCAACGUAGUUAUAAGCAUGUUUUUUUUUUUUUUUCUUUCUUUGAAGAAUUUUAUCUUUUCUGGAGCUCUAUAUUGUAAGACUUUUAAACCUCUAAAUAAAGGAAAUACUAUUUGCAGUAA